AUGGCCAAGCCACUCCUUCAUGAAAGCGAUGGACUUCUUAAUCCAAACAGUAACAUGGAUAGAUUCGUCGGCAAUGACAGCAAGGAGAGCACCAAGAAGAUGGACGAUUGGAAGGUCACUCUUAUUAGUGGCUCAUGUGCUUGUACUGCUGUUUUUGUCGUCAAUCUCUGCUUCACCAUCUGGUCAAGCGUGAGCCUCAAAGACAUAGAGGAUAGCACAGGGACGAGUCGAAGAAUCAUGUACGAGGGUUCCUGUUCGACAACCCGCAACAUGAGUCUCGUGAUUCACCUUAUCAUCAACGUCUUCGGCUCGGUUCUUCUUUCUGCCAGCAACUAUGGGAUGCAAUGUCUUUCAACACCCACCAGGGCCGAUGUUGACAGAGCCCAUGCAAAAGGGAAAUGGGUAGACAUUGGUAUACCCAGCUUCCGUAACUUGUGGAAGGUCUCCUUAUGGAGAGCAGUACUUUGGUGGCUGCUGGUUCUGUCAUCGGUGCCACUUCAUCUCUUGCUCAACUCUGUCGUCUACUCUUCCCUAUCAGCAUAUUCUUAUGAGACCUUUAUCUUCGAUAGAAACCUCAAUUUAGUCGAAACCAACAACGGACUUAGAUGCAGAUUGAACUUUGACAUCUCCCUUGCGUCGAUUGUUCUUGUUGUAAACUUGGUCAAGGCGAUUGUACUUGCAUUUAUUGUUAUUCGGCCACCAAAAGAACCUCUAUUCGUCCUCGGAGAUGCCAUUCAGUCAUUUAUGACUCGACCAGAUGAGAACCCUCGCGGAAGUUGCUUAGCAUCUGCGCGCACUGUCCGCAACGGCCUUUUAGACAAGCCGUACCUUGUGCAUACAGCGCCUAAAAGACGCGGAGUUGCCGUUACCUACACGCGGUGGUUCUUCAGCCUCGUCAUGUAUGGAGUUGCAUUUGGUGUUAGUUGCUGGCUUCUGGCUUAUGGCAUCAACCAUAUAAAUGGUCCUACCGACUUCAAGAGCCUCUGGGGAUUGGGAUUUGGGACCGCAAACCAACUCACCCUGAUACAAGGUGACACGGGCUUUGCAAACAAACUGCAGGAGGAAACCCAGAAUAUUUUCCUCAAAGUUCUCGUUUCCAACCUUCCUCAACUUAUCUUCUCGAUUUUGUAUUUCCAAUACAACAGCCUCUAUACAUCCAUGGCUGCCGCAAAGGAAUGGAGCGAUUUUGGCCACAAGCGACGUCCAUUACGCGUUUCUUCCAGCCCGAGAGGUCAGCAACGCUCUCGGUACUUUCUUCAACUCCCCUACCGUUACAGCAUUCCGCUCAUGCUAGUGUCAAUCCUGGUACACUGGCUACUGUCGCAAUGCAUCUUUAUUGUCAUUGUUGAAGAAUACAAAAAGGUAGCGACAGAAUUUAAGUUUCGGGGAACUACGUCAACCUGUGGGUAUUCACCAAUCGCCAUCAUCUGUGUUGUUAUUACCUCUGGUCUUAUGGCUGCCGCGGUAAUUAUUACAGCUCUCCGUCGACUACCAACUGGUAUGCCUGUGGCUGCGAGCUGCAGUUUGGCGAUUGCGGCUGCUUGUCGUCAGCCAGACGGUGCCUUGCAUUCUGAGGAGGCAUCAAUACUACCUCUACAGUGGGGUGUUAUGACUAUCGAAAAGGAAUGGUCUGCUGGAGAGAUAAUAAAACAUCAUUGCGGGUUCUCUCAUGAGCCUGUUCGGAAGCCGGAGUGUGGGCGUAUCUACUGGUAA